UAUUUACGAGAUAGCGCCUGUUUCUUAAAUAAUAGGAUAUGUAAUAAAGCAUUACUAAUAAUUAUUUUUGAAAAAGAAGAUUACUAAUAACAUUUAAAAACGUCCUAAAAGGAACGCAAGUCACCUUGAAAACAGGUUUUAUUAAAAUUUAUCAAACUACGUCUCUAGUUAGUAAUAAUCAAGAUGCCAUCCUUUACUAUGACCGAAGGUGGUUUUGCUGUGGGUGAUUAUGUGGUUUUCGGAACGCUGUGUAGUCUGUCCUGUGCUGGUGGGAUUUGGUACAGUGCGGUGGGAUCAAGGACAAAGGCGGUACGGGAUCUUAAGGAUUACCUACUGGGUGGAAAGUCGAUGUCGACUUUCCCAGUAGCAAUGUCUUUAAUAGCCAGUUACGUAUCAGGCGUAACUAUUCUCGGUACCCCAGCGGAGAUAUACAACUAUGGUACCCAGUAUUGGCUCGUGAUCGUUGGAGUGGCUCUCAGUUGCCUUAUAGUAGCUACUAUGUACCUGCCCGUGUUCUGCACUUUGCGACUUUCGUCUUCAUACGAGUAUCUUCAGCUGCGAUUUAAUCGUCAUGUGCGAGCGGUUGCUUCUUUUUUAUUUUUAUUGGAUGAAGUGCUGUUUCUACCAAUGGUUAUCUACGUUCCAGCUUUAGCAUUUAAUCAAUUGACAGGUUUUAACGUGUUCGCUGUGGCCGGUGGUAUGGUGUUAAUCUGUGGACUGUAUACAUCAUUGGGUGGUCUUCGAGCGGUAGUGUGGACGGACUCCUGGCAGACCGGUGUGAUGUUCAUCGGAGUGUUUCUGGUGGCGAUAGCUGGUACCUUGUCGGUGGGAGGUGUGUCUACUAUCUUCGAAACGGCUGCCGAGUCUGGUCGACUGGAGUUGUCUAAUUGGAGUUUUGUACCGUACGAACGUCAGACUGGAUGGGGUGCUGUCAUAGGUGGUUUCUUGUACUGGACUUGCUUCAACUCCGUCAAUCAAACCAUGGUCCAGCGAUAUAUCUCUUUGCCCAGUAAGAGGAAAGCUAUUACGGCCUUAGGUAUAUUCUGCAUAGGGGCAAUGCUAGCGAUAUCCUUAUGUGUCUGGUGUGGGUUGGCUGCAUGGACUGCGUGGGUACAAGGCGGCUGCGACCCUCGUGGAGCGCCACUUGUUGAUGAUAGACUGCUCCCAGCAUUCGUCACUUAUGUUGCCAACGUCCAGAGGCUUCCAGGGCUGGCUGGAGUCUUUUUAGCUGGGGUUUUCGGAGCUGGUUUGAGCUCCUUAUCGGCUGUGCUGAACGCAUGCGCAUUGGUAGUUGUGGAGGACAUAAUGCAUGGUUGGAUGCAAAUCCGACUCCGUCCGAUGGUGGAAGGCAUUCUCGCCAGGUCUGUGACGGGAAUUUUGGCCGUCUCCUCUCUACUGAUGCUGCUUGUCAUACAAAAACUCGGUGGUGUUCUUGGUGUGGCAACAGCAUUAUCAGCUAUAGCCUCUAGUUCGACGUGUGGCAUUUUCACCUUGGGUAUGGGUUGUUGGUGGGUGGGACCUCGUGGUGCCAUCGCUGGUGGGAUUGCUGGGGCUGUUGUUGCUGGUACAAUAUCAAUGGGCACUCAAGUGGCAGCUGCAACUGGAUUGAGGUCUCCUCCACUUAACUUCACCUCUGAAUGCGUCAAGAAUGCGAGCUUUGUGUUCGAACAUAGUACAGUCGAUCCGGAAUCACUGUUCCCGCUUUUCCGUCUUUCCUACCAUUGGAUUGCACCUCUAGGUCUCCUCGCGACUAUUUUAGUCGGGGCCAUAGUGGGAUGGUUCUUUGACGAGAGGGAUGAUAGCAAAAUGGAUGCUGAACUAUACUUCCCUCUGGUAUGGAGGUGGCUGCCUCCAGAUGCCAUUGAGAGGGCAGGGGAGAUUAGGCGAAUUAUUGCAACUAAGGAGAUGGACACGCCGGCCCCAUCGUCCCCUUUAAUAUUGGGCAAGAUUACUGAUAAGCAGGUACCAAAGGAUGAGACGAGUAGAUGAAGAUGUAAUGUAAGGUGAGACAAAAAUCUGCAAUGUUUUGUAAAGUAUUGUUAAACUUACAUAUUAAGAUUUUUUAUAUUACGUUACUAGAAUUGCUAUGAAUUUUUUACUAGGCGCAUAAAAUUUAUAUUAAAUUGUUUGAUUGUUAUGAUAAACUUAUACUUUUUGGAUUUGGAUUGAAGUAGUAGAGUGAUUGUGAUAUAUAUGUGAAUCAAACUGACAUUCUUAUAUGUACAAAAUAAGCUAGCGAACUUCGUUUGGCCCUAAUAUGUUUUUUGUUACUUAACCUACCUUUUUUGUAGAUACACCAACAUAUGGAACAUUUUGCUAUGCUACCUCACAGUAACUGUUCCGAAAUGAAAUCCUUAGUACUAAAUAAAUCUAAAUUUUUCAUUUAUUUAUUUUCCAAUUUUUCUCUCCAUAAAAACCUUCCUCAGAGUUCAAGGAAUACAUAAAAGUUUACUCGAAUUGGCCCAGCCGUCGCGCCUAGCGCUUAUGUUUUUCGUUUUUUUAAAGGUAUAUAGAUAAUCUUCUAUUUGCGCUUAGUAGAUUUGUAUUAUUAUGUAAAUUAGUUGUUUUAUCUUAACUAUUAAUAAGUUAUAGUUAAAACCAUUUAGUAUUUCUAAUCAUUCCCAUUUAGCAUAGUAUUCAUUCAUAGCAACUAAGACUUUACAGUCAACUAUAGACUUUGACUCAGUUUAUCUUGAGUUUAUAUAAUGACAUAGUAGAAAUGAAAUAGUUCCAGACAUUAGGUUUAAGGUACAUAUUUAAUAUUUAAUGAGUUAAUUAAAAAUAACUAUAUUUCUCGCCUAUAAAUUGCCAGAAAACGUAAAUAAUGUAAUGACAAUUAUAACGGGAAGCGAUAGAUUAGAAUACUUUACUAUUUUUUAUGAUUAAAGGAGUCUGUCAGAUCUAACUUAACUAUCUUAUUAAUAAUAAACUAACCCGGAUUCUAUAUAUACCAGUCGUAAUUACAACGAUUCGUUUUUUUUAAUAAAUUUCUUGAUAAUAGUUACACAAUCUUAGAGUUUAUUUUUUUUACGGAUUUUGAAGAAAAUAACGUAAAAAGGCUUGUUUUAAAGACCGGCAACACACUCGCGAACUUAACAGUGUAUGGUCAGCACAACACCUAUGUUAUAAAAAAUACUAUGUACUCUACGACUCGUAGCAAUUACUUGUGUUUAUAAUAUAGAACCCGGGCGUAUUGUACUUAAGUUAUUUAUUUGAAAUAGAUAUAAGUUUAUAUUAUCCUAAAUUAUUUAAGUAUUUCGUAGCGUGGUUUUGUAUGACUUUUAUUAUUAUUUAAUUGUUAACGAAUGGUGCUGAAAGUUGGUUGUGCUGUAUUUUAAUUGUUUCAGUGAUUUAGAUGUAAACUUAAC